GACUGGCAAAUGCAUGGAGAGAAAUUUACUUGGAGACAAGGUAUGGGUUGAAAUUGAGUAUUUGAAAAUCUGAAGACUGAAGUUUCAAAAUCAAUGGAUGAAGGGCUGACGCCCGGAACAUUCACUCUCCUGCUCCUCGGAUGCUGCCUGACCUGCUGUGCUUUUCCAGCGCCACAUUUUUUGACUGACUCUCCAGCGUCUGCAGUCCUCACUUUGAUGUCAAUUUCUGACAGUCACUCAAUCCAUUGGGACCACAACAAUUUUUGACUGUGAUUUCUGUGAGAGGGAUCAACACCUUUUGGUUCCUGUUUGAGGACGUUUUCAGCAUCAGUGGGACUGGACGAGAGACCCCACUGUUGCAGCGCACGGUGUGUGGAGCCUGAAACAGUUAUAAAGCCUAGGAAGUGGAUUUCACGGUAGGGAGGGGCUCUACACGUGUCCGUGAGCAGCUGAAGCUCUGGCCAUGGAGAAACCUGAAGAAGCCCGCCCUGUGGAGAAACCGUGGAAGGGUGGUGACUGUGGGAAAGGCUUCCGUGUCCCGUCUGCCCUGGAGACUCAUCAGCAUAGUCACACCGGGGAGAGGCCAUUCCCCUGCACCGACUGCGGGAAGGCCUUCAGCACAUCCUCCCACCUGCGGACCCACAAGCGGGUCCACACGGGGGAAAGGCCCUUCACCUGCUCUCAGUGCGGGAAGGGCUUCAGUACUUCCUCCAAUCUGCUGACCCACCAGCAUGUCCACACCGGGGAGAGGCCGUUCACCUGCUCUCAAUGCGGGAAGGGCUUCACCUGCUCCUCCACCCUGCAGAGCCACCAACGGGUCCACACGGGGGAGAGGCCCUUCAGCUGCCCCGAGUGCAGGAAGGCCUUCAGCACUUCCUCCAACCUGCUGGCCCACCAGCGGGUCCACACCGGGGAAAGGCCAUUCACCUGCUCUCAGUGCGGGAAGGGCUUCACCUGCUCCUCCCGCCUGCGAAGCCACCAGCAUGUGCACACAAGGGAGAGGCCCUUCAGCUGCACCACGUGUGGGAAGGGCUUCACUUGCUCCUCCACCCUGCGGAACCACCAGCGUGUCCACACCGGGGAGAGGCCGUUCACCUGCUCUCAGUGCGGGAAGGGCUUCACUUACUCCUCCACCCUGCGGAACCACCAACGUGUCCACAUGGGGGAGAAGCCCUUCAGCUGCCCCGAGUGUGGGAAGGGCUUCACCUGCUCCUCCACCCUCCAGACCCACCAGCGUGUCCACAUGGGGGAGAGGCCCUUCAGCUGCUCUCAGUGCGGGAAGGCCUUUACCCAUGUCUUCUCCCUGAUGAGGCACCAGCGGAUCCACACGGGGGAGAGGCCUUUCAGCUGCGCAGAGUGCGGGAAGGCCUUUACCCAGGCCUCCACCCUGCUGACCCACCAGCGGGUCCACACGGGGGAGAGGCCCUUCAGCUGCCCAGAGUGUGGGAAGGCCUUUACCCAGGCCUCCAACCUGCUGACCCACCAGCGGGUCCACACCGGGGAGAGGCCAUUCACCUGCUCUCAGUGCGGGAAGGGCUUCAGGUAUUCCUCCCACCUGCUGAUCCACCAGCGGGUCCACACGGGGGAGAGGCCCUUCAGCUGCCCCGAGUGCGGGAAGGGCUUUAGCACAUCCACCAUCCUGCUGAGGCACCAGCGGAUCCACACCGGGGAGAGGCCGUUCAUCUGCUCUCAGUGCGGGAAGGGCUUCACCUACUCCUGCAACCUGCGGAAGCACCAGCGAGUUCACUCACUCAAUCCAUCGGGACCACAACAAUUUAUGACUGUGAUUUCUGUGAGAGGGAUCAACGCUUUUUGGUUCCUGUUUGAGGACGUUUUCAGCAUCAGGUGGGACUGGACGAGAGACCCCACUGUUGCAGCGCACUGUGUGUGGAGCCUGAAACAGUUAUACGGCCUGGGAAGGGGAUUUCACGGCAGAGAGGGACUCUACACGUGUUUGUGUGCAGCUGAAGCUGUGGCCAUGGAGAAAGCUGAGGAAUCCCGCCCUGUGGAGAAACCGUGGAAGUGUGGUGACUGUGGGAAAGGCUUCCGUGUCCCAUCUGCCCUGGAGACUCAUCGACGCAGUCACACCGGGGAGAGGCCAUUCCCCUGCACCGAGUGCGGGAAAGCCUUCAGACAUUCCUCCCACCUGCUGGCCCACCAGCGGGGCCACACGGGGGAAAGGCCCUUCAGCUGCCCAGAUUGUGGGAAGGCCUUCAUAUAUUUCUCUGCCCUGUUGGCCCAUGGGCGGAUCCACACAGGAGAGAGGCCUUUCAGCUGCCCUGAGUGUGGGAAGGCCUUCAGGUCUUCCGCCACCCUGCGGACCCACCAGCGUUUCCACGCGGGGGAAAGGCCGUUCAGCUGCACCGAGUGCGGGAAGGCCUUCAGGUAUUCCUCCACCCUGCUGAGCCACCAGCGUGUCCACACGGGGCAGAGGCCCUUCAGCUGCCCUGAGUGCGGGAAGGCCUUUACCCAUGUCUCCGCCCUGCGGACCCACCGGCGUGUCCACACCGGGGAGAGACCCUUUAGCUGCCCUGAGUGCGUGAAGGCCUUUACCGACAUCUCCUCCCUGAUGAGGCACCAGCGGGUCCACACCGGAGAAAGGCCCUUCACCUGCCCCGAGUGUGGGAAGGCCUUUAGCAACACCUCCUCCCUGAUGAGGCACCAGCGGAUCCACACAGGGGAGAGGCCCUUUACCUGCUCUCAGUGCGGGAAGGCCUUCAGCAGUUCCUCCACGCUGCUGACCCACCAGCGGGUCCACACCGGGGAGAGACCGUACACCUGCCCUCAGUGCGGGAAGGGCUUUACCUGCUCCUCCAACCUGCGGAGCCACCAGCAGAUCCACACCGGGGAGAGGCCCUUCAGCUGUCCAGAGUGUGGGAAGGCCUUUCGUGAUUCCUCCACCCUGCUGAUCCACCAGCGAAUCCACACGGGGGAGAGGCCCUUCAGCUGCCCAGAGUGCGGGAAGGCCUUUACCCAGGCCUCCACCCUGCUGAGGCACCAGCGUGUCCGCACGGGGGCAAGGCCCUUCAGUUGCCCUGAGUGCGGGAAGGCCUUCAGCGAUUCCUCCACCCUGCGGAGCCACCAGCAUGUCCACACAGGGCAGAGGCCCUUCAGCUGCUCUCAGUGCGGGAAGGCUUUUACCCACGUCUCCUCCCUGCUGACCCACCAGCGUAUCCACACGGGGGAGAGGCCCUUCAGCUGCCCAGAGUGCGGGAAGGCCUUUACUCAGGUCUCCACCCUGCUGAGGCACCAGCAGGUCCACACCGGGGAGAGGCCCUUCAGCUGCCCCGAGUGCGGGAAGGCCUUCAGCAAUUCCUCCGCCCUGCUUACCCACCAGCAUGUCCACACGGGGGAGAGCCCCUUCAGCUGCCCAGAGUGCGGGAAGGCCUUUACCCAGGCCUCCACCCUGCUGAGGCACCAGCGUGUCCACACGGGGGAAAGGCCCUUCAGCUGCCCUGAGUGUAGGAAGGCCUUCAGCGAUUCCUCCACCCUGCGGAGUCACCAGCGGGUCCACACCGGGGAGAGGCCGUUCACCUGCUCUCAGUGCGGGAAGGGCUUCAUCUGCUCUUCCAACCUGCGGAGACAUCGGCAUGUCCACACGGGGGAGAAGCCCUUCAGCUGCCCCGAGUGUGGGAAGGCCUUCAGCAAUUCCUCCGCCCUGCUGGCCCACCAGCGGGUCCACACUGGGGAGAGGCCGUUCACCUGCUCUCAGUGUGAGAAGGGCUUCACCUGCUCCUCCACCCUGCAGAGCCACCAGCGGAUCCACACGGGGGAGAGGCCCUUCAGCUGUGCUCAGUGUGGGAAGGGCUUCACCUGCUCCUCCCAUCUGCAGACCCACCAGCGGAUCCACACGGGGGAGAGGCCGUUCAGCUGCUCAGAGUGCGGGAAGGCUUUUACCCAGGUCUCCACCCUGCUGAGGCACCAGCGUGUCCACACCAGGGAGAUGUCCUUCAGCUGCCCCGGAGGUGGGAAGGCCUUCAGUGAUUCCUCCACCCUGCUGACCCACCGGCGGGUCCACACCGGGGAGAGGCCAUUCACCUGCUCUCAGUGUGGGAAGGGCUUCAGGUAUUCCUCCCACUUGCUGACCCACUGGAGGGUCCACACGGGGGAGAAGCCCUUCAGCUGCCCCGAGUGUGGGAAGGCCUUCAGCACAUCUUCCUCCCUGCUGAGGCACCAGCGGAUCCACACCGGGGAGAGGCCGUUCAUCUGCUCUCAGUGCGGGAAGGGCUUCACUUACUCCUCCCAACUGCGGAGCCACCAGCCAGUUCACGUGCCUUCACAGGGGGAUUGAAGGAGUGACGGCCGAGUCCCAUUAUCGAUUGGAAUAUCAACCCAGUUCCGGAGAUUCCCAGGUUUGAAUCCCGCCACGACAGAUGGCAGAAUUGGUAUACGGUCAGAAAUGUGGAGUUUGGAAUCUAACGAUGAGACCAUUUCAGAGAGGGGGUGGUGCAGGGGAGAAAGCCCCCAUCUGAUUCCCUCUCUCCCUUGUUAGGGAAGGGAACCGCCAUUGUGGGAAAGGAUACACUCAGUCGUUCCAGCUGCAUCCUUUACCCGGUCUGGCCUACACGUGACUCCAGACCCACAGCAGUCUGGUUGACUCUACACUGCCCUCUCCACACUGGCAAAGGAGCGGGGAGAAACUUACUUGGAGACAGGGUAUGGGUUGAAAUUGUUGAGUGAGGCAAUACUUCCUCCGGGUUACGGCUGUACCAAGGAUCCAAUUACAAAGGGACAACUUGGUGCUGACCAAUAGUAAAGACAGUGAGGAGGGGACAGGGGAGGUGUGGUGUGUGCACUUUCACCUUGAGCUGUUCAAAAAGCAACUACUUUUUCUCUGCCUUUUUGC